AGUGCGGCGCAUCUUCUCGGGAUUUCUCGGCAAACGGGUGUGGUCGCCUUCGUUCUUUUCAUUGCCAUAAUAUAAACAGAUAAAUCUCUUAUUCGUUUACAUGAAAAAGACUACAAAGGCAUUUAAGAUUUAUUCUUUUCUUUUCUUUAUUGUUUUCCCACCAUUUUAUCAUUUGUAUUAUGCACUAAUUUCGCAGAUAAUUGUUGGAAGAUUAUCAAGCCGUGGGCAAUUCUCCUUUUUGCAAGGGCUUUUGGAGGAACUCUUUUGUCUUAGUGGAACAUUGUUUUUCCAUCUCAUAUCCAAGAUUCAAGGAUCAAUCUGUUAUUCACUGGACGCAUUCGAUCGAAAUACAUUUCGUGCUAUUGCUAUCGCGGCAUAUGUGAUUUAAUACAGUGAUUAGAUAUUUUCCACGGUAAUAAUGGCCUGGCCCUGCAUUACCAGGGCAUGCUGCAUCAACCGCUUCUGGAGUGAGUUGGACAAAGGUGACAUCGCUGUGCCUUUGGUGUUUACAAAAUACUCCGAUGUGACCGAUGAGCAGCAUUUCCAUGUGCGGCAUCAGCGAAAACAGCCGCAUCCCCAGUCUCGACUGGCCAUAGAAACACAGCCAUCCCAUAGUAAUCGGGUAGGAGUAGCCGGUGCUUCAGCUGCUGCUGAUGUUGCGCAAUUGUUGAGCUCAUCUGUAAUGCGCCAGGACUUCAGAGCUUGGAAAGUCCGCCCGGAACGAAGCUGCAAGCCCAAGAACGAGUAUCACCCGUCGGAGGCCCCUUUUAAUAAUGAGACGCAGUACCAGAAGGAUUUCAAGCCUUGGCCGAUUCCCAAUAAGCGAGACCACCCUUGGAUUCCCAAGCCUAAUGCGAGCGGCUUUGUGGCCAGUGAUACAGAGCAAAGGUCUGCGGAGGAUGCCAGUGGCGUGGAGAAGAGCGAAAUUGCUGACAAGGUGCAGGAGAAAGAGAUUGGAGAGAAAAAAAAGAAGCAAGGGAAGAAGUCACUUGAAAGGGUUAAAGCAGAUGGCCUGCAACCUAGGGGUGAAGCUGUUGGGAGCAAAGGAAGGGCUGUGGCGGAUGCACUGAACAGGCAGAUAAAGCAGGAAUUCACAACCGGAAGCUCGUAUAAGAAUGAAUUCAAAGCAUAUGCUGACGUGAAGCCAGUGAAGCCGAUAAAAGCGAAACCACAGUACGCCCCCCCAAUGGAAGAGAAGGCUAGCCUGGAGACCAGCUACAGCGCCACCUUUAGGGGGGAGCAAGUGCAGAACAUACCCACUGACAACAAGACGCAGGAGCAUCGAAGGAUACGCAGCUUAUACAGUGAGCCUGGCAAAGAACCCAUUAAGACGGAGAAGCCAAGCACUCCUCAUUCUAAACCAAGGAAGACAACGACACCAAGCUACAGUAAACCUGUAAAGAAAGGGAAAGAGAAGCAGCUGUCAUCGGUGCGGAGUGCCAAGAAAAAGGAGAAGGAACCCAAGUCAGCACCCACAGAGAAUGACAAAAAGAAAAGUAAAGAGAUGAACAACAAACUUGCUGAAGCUAAAGAGUAAUAGUACUGUAGUAUCACUGUUAUUUUUUUGAUGGGAAAAAUUAACAUCUCUGUCUUCACACUUAUUUGCUUCUUAGAGUGUAGAUAUGACUGUUUUAUACUCAAUCUGAAAGUGGAUGUAGUACUGUCAGUUUUUCCACAUCUAUCCCAGCAUCACUGCAUAACAUUUCAGUAUUAUACUCAUAUAAAUCAGGUGUAAGCAAACAGAUACCAAGAAGCCAGUGGAUAUUUUAAAGACAGACCUUAAAAUAUAGAAAGUUUUUUUUUUAUCUCAAAUAUUAUACAAAGUUUAGAAAGUUAUAAAUUAUUUUCAUUAAUUUUCAGUUUAAUUUGUACACAUAUUCAAGAUUUUUAAAAAGUCAUAGACAAGCCAAAGACAACUAUACUGCCUGUGCAGUUAUGCAAUUAAUAUAAUUGUUUAUUAGACUUGGACUGAAGAAAGCAAGACGGAUUUAAAGACAAGGUAAUUGUACCCAGUAUCACAGAGUCAUGAAACUCAGAAGUACAGAUCCAAUUGCAGAAUUUAUUUUCCAAAACCCAAAUUGCUAUUGCGAAAUCAGGUUAAACAUUCUUGCAAAAGUAGAUCAGGUGUUGACAGAGUUUUGGGGACAAUUCAGAAUUGUAUAACUAGAGAAAAUGCACCCCUGUACUAGAGAAUUCAAAACCAAAUCAAACACUCAACACGUAAUUCACAAAAGAGAGACACGACUUUGCACUUCGGUGAGAGUCUCAUGGGUUUAAGUAUUUGAUUGUUAAUUGCCCAUACAAUCAGGGACAGGAGUGGCCCACUUAGUAUUUUGGUGGGGGAUUAGUGAGGAUUUGAGGACUGGGGUAUGCUGUGUGAUCAGGGGUCGCAUUUUUUUUCACGGGCAUUUUAGAAGUCUUUGCAGUCUGUAGGCGUGAGAUGUUAUGUCCAGUCCGUACCACCAUUAAAGUCAAGGGGUGCUUGAGCACUUGAGCAUCGACACCAAACCUUAAAGGUAAUAUUGAAUGAGUACUGCUGUCCAUGAAACUCCACAAGAGUCCAUUUGGUUCAGUCCUGCAGAGUUGGUGUAGAGGCAUACCAUUCACAAUCCUCUCAAGUUAUAGAUGAAAUAGUUUAUAUCCCCUGAUUUACUGCCGCAGAAAAAUGUUAUAGAUUUUACCAGUUCUAUUCAAAAGUGCACACAUAUUGCAGAGGCUAUAGAUGUGCUAUAGCUAAAAAGUGUACUCUGCCACCCUUAUUUGCUCAUCGUCCCUGAUUUUAAUCGUUCCUUCAAGCUAGAUCUGGUUGCUAGUGCUGUACAGGCUGGUACAGUUUUCCUGCAGGAAGGAUAAUUCAGAAUAGACUAUCAGACUUGCUGUUUCUCUCACAAGUUUGAAAGACAUUAGGGACUUGUAUUCUGAAGCUGAGUUUCUUGAUUAGCUGGUCAACUUAUCAGACUCAAGCUAGUCUGGGCAAGUUGUAAGGGAAUGAAGAUAAAGUCCAUUUAAACUGGGGUACCUUAAAUCUGACAAGUUAUAGUUAUACGACUGCAUACCAGUCUUUCCAUUAGUGCACUUUUUAUUAUUUUGUCUUUUUGUUUUUGGGGUAGCUGGGUAGAGGCAUAAUCCUCUUGCGGGGCUAGGCUAGUCAGAAUCAUAGCCUUGCUGCUGGCUGCUGAUGUAUUGCCUUUAAAGUUACCCCAUGCCCCGCAUGCCCCAGAAGAUUUGGGGUAGAUAUUAAACAGAUAUUGGCAAAACUUUGUUUUUUUUACUACAGUUUCAGGUAUUCUUCAUUGACUGAUGAAUGGUAAAACUGAUAUUAACUUCUCCAGUUGUACAACAGUGUUACUUUGACCCAAAUCUGGGAUAGGUUCCGAGGAGGAGGUGUUACAUGCCAUUUCAUUGGUGGGUUUUCUGGAUUGCUCGCUUCACUAAUUAUCUUCCUUUGGUGAUCAGGGAAAUUGUACGCUAGCUGUGAAGGGAAGCCAAUGUCUUAUAAUUGGAGCACCUUGUCCAAUCAGUGUUCAGCUGCCCCUAUAAAAGCAGUGAAGUCCUUCUUGACAGGGAUUGAUGUCUGUUUGCCUUUGGUAUUUGUGCUGUUUUGGCUUAUAUCCUGUGCUGGGUAUUGGCUGCCAUUAAGGCUUCGUGUCGUUUGUUGGAUUAGGUGGCUAGCAUUUGUGAGGCCUUGCUUCCACACUGCUGAACAUUUGGAGUAGUGUAUUCUUAUGGUCUUAAGUAAGGAAAAUGACAAGUAGACAAUAAUAUGUAAUAACACAUUUUUAUUUAUUUAACUACCCACAGGACAGAAAUUCCAGCAGCGACAAAAAACUGUCGAAAUUGUAGUGUGAAAUAAAAAUUUCAAACAAUUGACAUUAGACAGCUAACACAGAUUUAUGUGCAUAAAAUAGCUUAAAACUUAAAAUGACAUGCAAUCAAAUGCUGCCUUUGAUAUUGGUUACGUAUAACUAAGUUUGGAGGGAACCUAAUUUUUCGUACUGUCCAGAUAUUAUAGCAUAGUAUAUGCUAUUUUGACAGGAUGUUCAGAAGCAAACUCUUCUGAUAUUCUGAAAUAUUGGUGAUGGAAAUCACUAUGGGUGCCAUUAAAGAUUCUCAAUCAAAUCUGAACAGUCUGCAAGUCUACCAGGCACAGUUCCUUAUAUCUUCACAUUCUUUUUGUGAAUCAUGGAUUAUUUCACUAAUUUCUUGCUGGCUAGUUUCAGCCAUUCUGUCCAGUUGAAUAAAGAUUCAUUAUUCUACAUUAAGUGACAAGGGCCAUUAGGCAAAUGAGGAAACGCAUGUUUGAUGACUAAUAGUAGCCUACAGAAAUCUUCAAAAAUUCUAACAUGUUUUUUUGCCUUUAAAUAUGUAAUUAUUUUUGAAAUUUUAAUUGAUUAAUGAAUUUAAACCUCCCAGGCCUAGUCUGUACAGUUUAUUCGCCGUGUAAUUCUCCCCACUAUUAAAUCUAAUAAGUGUUGAACCUCGUGUGUAUGUUGGUUUCCUUCCCUUUUGGUUCUUUUGGUUGACUGGUUAUUAUGCCCUGCCUGCCCCUAGACUACUGGGGAUGCAACAGCUGAUAUGACACCUAGUGUGCUAUACUAAGUUCCUUUCUUUUGCCAAAUAUCUGGUUUGUAUUGCAGUGGUCAAUGGAAGCUGCUAUAGGAGGUUUAGGAUUUUCUUAUUAAAAUUGUAUCCUAUGUUUGCAUAUUGAUGUAUAAUAUAAAGGUGCUUUUUACUGCUGUGACUCUGUAGUCAGUCAGACUGUUCGUUUCCAAUACAACUUGCUGUGUUGUAUGUGUGCAAGUGCACAUCAAUAGCACUGCUUAAAACCAUUAUUUUUACUAUGUAUUACUGUUCUGGUCUUGUUGCUGCUUUACAAUAACACAAAUAUGGUGCUGAUAUUUAUCUUUGUCUGUGUUUUUUUAUUUUAGAGCAGAGUGUCACCAUGUUGAAUGAUUUCUGUAUUGAAAUCUUCAUCUGUGCUGUAGACAGGUUUUAUGAUGGGAACACUGUAAACCAAGACACUGGCCAUUUAAAAUAUUUAAAUCAGCACACUCACAGAUGAAAAACUCAUUCAGUUGUAUUAAACACCAGUUUACACUUC